AUGAAUCCCUUUGAAGACCUCACCGCCUCGCUUGAUACCGUCGUCCAUGAUGUCAUCCUCAACAAUAUUUCUCCUGAGUUGAUCGAACAUGUUAAUGAUGUGGCCAUUAGAGGCCGUGACCUCUGGCUUUACCUUCAUCAGGAGUAUAGUCAACUCCAACCCGCCGAUGUCAUCUCUUAUGAAAUCCUCUAUGCUGGCAAUAUUGAUGUUGGUCCAAAGUUUGUUUCUUCUGUUCGUUCAUAUGUUGCUACAUGGCGUUCCAUCUACCAAUCAUUGUCGCCUGAUUCGGUUGUGGCCUUCAACGCUUUGGCCUCAAUGGGUCCCAAUUGUGAGCGCUUCAUCCAGUACGCCUUGGAGCACCGCUUUGAUAGUAACAACAAUACUGACAACCUUGAUAUUAACAACUUCAUCCGGAACACUGAUAAAUGGGCCAAGUUGUUGAAGAUUACUGGACCUCCAGCUACUCUUUCGACUGAAGCGUUCGUUGCUUCAUCAAAGAAGUACAAUAACAAAUCUAAGGGUGAUGGUAUCAAAUGUUUCCGUUGUAAGAGGCGUGGUCAUACUUCCAACAAUUGUCAUGUCUCUUGGGAAGAGGUUCAGGCUGCUCGCCAAGAUAAUAAGGAUGACAAGGAAUCUAAGGAGGCUAAACCCUCAAGAGGUUGGUUUGCUGAGACUAUUGAUGAAUUUUCUGAGAUAGUUGAUGAUGAUCCAUUUGUGAGUUCCGCUUUUGUGUCCGAGACAUCUGUUGUUUCUGAAAAGUUUGGUAACAGUUGCUCCGAGUCGUUUGAUGAUUUGGAAUCCGAACUUUUUGAUUCUUCUGAGCCGUGUGUCGGCGAUGAAGAUUGUUUUGUUGGUCAAGUUUCUGAGUAUUGUUCAAACUCAGGACUUGAUAUUGAUUCAGUUGGUAAACCGUUUGUUGGUUCCACUGAUGAUUCUUGUUUUAUUUCUGAACCGUAUGUCGGUUCUACUGUUGUUUGUUUGGAGUCUGAACCGUGUGUCAGUUCAGCUCCUAUUUGUUUUGAUUCUGAAUCGUUGGUCGAUUCGGAUAUUGUUCCUUUGAUUCUGAAACCGUUGGUCGGUUCUUCUUUUAUUUCUUGUUCUGAUUCUAAACCGUUGGUCGGUUCUGAUGAUGAUAUUGUCUUACCUUCUUUUGAUUUUUUGGUGGAUUCAAUUACUGAACCUUCUCCGCCUAUUGUUAAACCUAUUGUUACACCAAAAUCCCGGGUUGGCGACAUUGUCGUCGAUCUUCUUGGUAAAGAUGACCAGCCUUGUGACCGCGUUGUUCUUCGAGAUGUUUUAUAUGUUCCUAAGAUUCCUCGCAAUUUAUUUGCUGCUCGUCGAGCUACUGCUGGUGGUUGUCGGUUCAUUCAAGACCUUAACCAUAUUUCUGCUGUCGAAAAUGGCAAAACUCGAGUCCACGCCAUUGCCAUGGGUGACUUGUACUUUUGUCGUUUCCGAGUUGUUUUGCCUUCCAAGCCAGUUCAUGAGGUGUUUGCUGUUGAGUCGUCUGCCAAUCUUUGGCACAAGCGACUUGGUCACGCCAGUGUGGACGUUCUCAAGAAAUUAUCUAAGUCACUUUCUGUCAAGCCUACUCAUUUUGAGGUUGUGGAUAGUCAUAAGUGUGACGCUUGCUUGGGUGGCAAAGCCACAGCAUUGCCAUUUAAUGGUACCACAGAAAAAGCUAGUCGUCCUUUGGAGUUAUUUGUUUCUGAUUUAAGCGGUCCUCAUGUCGCUACCCCUGUGGGUCAUCGUUAUGUCUUAACCAUUAUGGAUUAUUAUUCCAGGUACUCUUAUGUGGAGUUGUUGGUUAGGAAAAGUGAUGCAAGUCUUGCCAUUCGUAACUUUAUUGCUAGGUGUGAAUCUUAUUUUUCUGGUGAUUCUGCUGGUGAUCGAGUUGCAUAUUUUCAUUCUGAUAAUGGCGGCGAAUACAUUUCCAAAGACCUGGAGCAGUUCUUUGUGUCUAAGGUUCCUCAUACUCCUCAACAAAAUGGUGUUGCUGAGCGAUUGAAUCGCACAUUAUUUGAGAAAGCCAAGUCUAUGCUUUUAUAUGCUCAUGCUCCUGAAUACUUAUGGGGUGAAGCUGUCAAGUCUGCUAAUUAUAUUAGGAACCGUCUUCCUAGUCGUACCACUGGUGGUGUUGCACCUCUUCAACUUUGGACUGGUAAACCUCCUAGUUAUCAUCAUAUGAAAGUAUUUGGUUGUCAAGCUACAGUUGUUCUUCCUGGUGCUAAAAGAGAAUCUAAGUUAAGUUCAAAUACUGAAGCUGGUGUUUUUGUUGGGUAUUCUUUGGAUCGUACAGCUUAUCGAGUUCUUCUUGAUUCAAGCAUUGUUGAAGCCAGGAGUGUUUACUUUGAUGAGUCCAAGUUUCCAUUUAUGAAAAGUGAUAAGGACUUGUCUAUUAAUGGUACUGGUGUUGGGUUUAGUGUUGGUUCUGGUUCAGGGUCCAUGGUUAAUUCUAUUGCUAGUUCUGAUUUAAGUUCUGGUUCUAGUUUUGGGUCUCAUAGAUCUUUACCAGCAUCCUCAUCUGGUUCUGGUUCUGGUUCUAUUUGUGCUUUACCGUCUCCGUCUCCGUCUUCUUCACCGUCUCAUUCUCCGUCGCCGCCUCCUUCUUCUUCUUCUUCUAUUAUUGUUAAUAUGCCUCGUUCUGUUCGUCGCAUUUUGUCUACACCUUCUGCUCCUCUUGAGUCUCCUACUCUUCCUACUCUUCCUUCUAUUGCUUCAGUUCCAUCUCUUCCUAGUUCUCCUAUUCUUCCACCUUCAGAUCAUGAUGUCUCUAUCUCUCCUGACUCAAGUCCAAUUGUUUCUUCUUCGGAAUAUAUUCCUUCACAAUUAGACUUAUCUGAAGCUGGUCCAUCUAUUAAUGAAUCUGAUAUUUCAGGUGAUUCUGGGAUCUCGCAACGAGGGGGUGAUAUUGGGUUUCAACCGUCUAUCAUUGCUUCGUCUCCCACUCCACCACCUUUUGUUGAGUUGGAAGUAGUGCCACUUAGUCAAGAAUCUCCUUCGUCUGAUCUUGUUAAUUCUCUUGACCAAGCUGGUGUUAGUGUUGUCACUAAGGAUGAUACUCAAGCUGUUUUGCCUAAAUCUCGAUCUCGUGUUGUUGCUGUUCGUUUACCUUCUAUAACUCCUGCCAAACGCCCGAUGUCUGCAACACCUGCAAAACGUCCAGCUGAAGAAGAGUGUAUUUCUUAUCGUCGUCUCAAAUCUCUCCGCUUUGAGUAUGAUGAUGUGGCUUUACUUGUUUUUACAGAUCCUAGUAGUUUUGAAGAAGCUAUGUCUAGUGAAGAAGCUGAGUUUUGGCUUGAAGCCUGUGUUAUUGAAAUGUCGUCUCUUAAACGCAAUGGUACUUGGGAAUUGGUUGAUCUCCCACCUGGUCGCAAGGCUAUCAAUAGCAAAUGGGUGUUUAAAGUUAAGCGCAAAGCUGACGGUUCAAUUGAACGUUACAAAGCUCGUCUCGUGUGUAUUGGAUUUUCGCAAGUUGAAGGUAUUGAUUAUACUGAAACUUUUGCUCCCGUUGUUCGUUACGAGACUGUGAGGAUUGUUCUUGCUAUUGCUGCUCAGUUUGGGUUCCAGGUUCAUCAUAUGGAUGUCGAGACUGCAUUUCUUAAUGGUGAUCUCAAAGAAGAUAUUUAUAUGAGACAACCUAAAGGCUUUGUUGUCAAAGGUCAGGAAUCUAAAGUGUGUCAUUUGAAGAAGUCUUUAUAUGGUUUAAAGCAAGCUCCUUUGUGUUGGAAUGAGAAGAUUCAUGGUGCUCUUGUCAAACUUGGGUUUAUUCGUAAUGAAAGUGACUACGGUGUGUAUACCAAAGGAUCUGGGUCUACCAUUGUUGAACUGUGA